UAGAACUGCAUCUACCAAGCAAGCUAGACUUAAAGUUGGACCCAUACAUGUAUUUUGCUUCAUUGCCUUGCAGUGCUCUUCGGUGUAGGAUCACUUCAUGCUCCUUGGACAGCCACAUAUACAUGUGCAUGUGUAUUGGCUAAUAAGAAGCCCAGUCCUGACCAUUGUUUGGAAAGUACCGGUUUUUGAAGUUCGCGUCUUUCCAAGAAGGUAGUCUAUAAUUAUCGUGUUUCCUCGCCGGAAAAACGACUAAGUGGUCUUGCACACAAUGGAAGCAAGUCAUUCGGCCGUGGUGGUUUUCGCUGUUGUGCUGUUGUUAGCAUCGAUUGACCGGCAUCAUCAAUGCGUGGCCCAGCGACAGGGUGACCUUCGCCUUGUGGAUGGCGGGUCUCAUUUCAGAGGACGUCUUGAAAUAUUCGGACGUGGCGGAUGGGGAACUGUGUGUGAUGAUCACUGGGAUCAUGCGGACGAGAAGGUAGCAUGCAGACAACUGGGUCUUCUACCUCGGCAGCCAUCAUCUUAUAGUCAUCAACGGUUUGGCACAGCCAGUGGUGCGAUACACUUGGAUGAUGUUGCAUGCGCUGGAAGUGAAAACAGGUUGCUUGAUUGCCGAAGUAACCUACUCUAUAAGCACAAUUGUAACCAUGGUGAAGAUGUAGGUGUAACCUGCCAGGCGGCUCCUGGCUGUGAGUCAUUACAGGCUGAUAUGCCAAUGAUUGUGGAGCCUCCUUCAUGGAAUGGUGCACAAUAUACCUCCACAUACAGCUGUGCGCCUGGGUAUCUCCUGCAUGGGGAUAGAGAACGACAUUGCAGAUCGUCGUGUUCGUCACAGCAGUGCAAUGCAACAUAUGUCUCCUGGUUCUGGAGUGGUCGGAAACCAGCAUGCUUGGCUCCUGGCUGUGAGGCGUUGCAGGCUGAUUUGCCAAUGAUAGUUAGAAACGCUACCUGGAAUGGUGCACAAUAUACCUCCACAUACAGCUGUGCACCUGGGUAUCUCCUGCAUGGGGAUAGAGAACGACAUUGCAGAUCAUCGUGUUCGUCAGAGCGGUGCAAUGCAACAGAUGUCGCUUGGUUCUGGAAUGGUCGGGAAGCAGUGUGCUUGCCGCGACAAUGCAGUGUUCUGUGUCCACCACGGUAUGGAAGGAUGGCAUUCUCCAACAGGCAAGAAGGACGUUUUGAGUUCAACAGCACCGUGGAGUUCACAUGCCGUCCUGGCUACAUGCUGCAGGGCAGUGUGACCCGUACUUGUCAGCCGGAUGGGACUUGGAGUGGCAGUGUGGCGACUUGUCAAGAAAUGAACUGCACCAAUGUAUCUGUUCCGCAUCAUGGCUGGUCAAUCUCAAGGUACAACGGUAACACACAGGUCAGUGGCUGCAUUGAUGGCUACUACAGUGAACCUCAGACCCAGGUGAGAGUGUGUGCGGAGGACAAGAACUGGACUGGGAACACUCUAAUGUGUACAGAGCUGAUGUGUGAGACCUUGCCCUCUCGCAGUCCACUGCACACAACAUACACGAACCAGACCAGGCGUCACUCCAUUGCCACUCAUGUAUGCCCGCUCGGCUUCGACAUGGUGGGCGGAGGCACAUCUCGACAGGAGUGUCGCGUGAACUGCACAUACGACGUGGUCGAUGGCCGUCUCAUGCCAAUGUGCGGCAGAGGCAUGUAUUCUGGACCGGCAUUAUGCCAACAUGUCAAGCUGGACCUUGCUCUAAUGUCUUCCCACCGCGUCAUGGUUCAUAAAUUUCUUACGAACUGGGUAACGUGACCUACAACACAACAGAAAUCGGGUUUCGCGGAGUUCGCGGAAUGAAGGUUAUGUUCGGCUGCGACCACACGUACAAGCUGUCGAGCGAAGGAAUGCGCACAAGAACGUUCCAUGUCCCCUGGUCUGGUGUCGCGCCUCUCUGUGUCGGUGAGUGGUGCGGAUCAGCUGUGUGCUACCUGUUAAACGCUACUACUCAUAGAGUGAGGAUCAAAGACUAGCUGACUCUCUGUAUCUCUACCUGCACAUCUUGGUCAUGCAUGUUUCAGCACCCUCCGACACAUCUCACUCAAGCAGGGUUGUUAUUUACCAUAGCCUCAACUUGGUUGCACUGUCACAAUCAGAGACAGACCACACUCCUCGAAAGAAUGCUCACUGCACCAGAGGGCAGAGCGCUAUACACAUACAUGAAGUACACAUGAAAUACAUCUUUCUCCAAUGCUUACGCGUUACAACCCAGUUUGGUGCGCCUGCCACUCGAAGAUGCCGAGACCUCUGGUCGGUUGAGCAUGGCAGGCCCACCAGCACCAUCUCACCCUAUGCUAGCCCCAUGUGCCUGCCAAUGAGUUACAGAUCUAAAAAUAAAAUAAACAGAGGAGAUGGGAGGUUGUAAUGAUGUCACUGAUACAGUUUGAGUAGCGCACCGUGAACGGUCGCUCUUCAGAAAGCAUGACUAUAGGGACCUUAGCACCACGUUGUUUACGACGUAAGCCUGACGUAGGGCCUUGUCCGGGUUCGGGGUCACGCCGCGACGUAGGAUGUACGUUCAUCAGGCAACGUUUUCGACGUAGAAAAGGCCUUGUGUACGUUGUGGCAGGAUGUAGGAAUUUACCUUUGCUCUUUGCAAUUUGCUCCAAGAGGGCAAGAGUUCAAAUAACGUUGAUGUGUUUAUGUUGUAGUUUUUGUUUUGUAACUCACGACGUACGAUCGAUUGAGAGGCGCUAGGCGUAAUUAAUUUUUAUUCUUUGCUAUCUUUGUUUUGUGUUUCCGGUACUUGUAUCUUCUUCUCUGAGCAAAAUUUGUUUCGGUAUGGCUGCCGAGGACAUGCAGACUAAGGCUGUGUGCCUGAAAUUUCGUUUUGGAGCCAAGGAGGACAUCAAUUUGUUGAAAGAAGGUGUGGCAGCGUUGAGCGAAAAGCCCUUCUCUCGUGGCACGCCUGCCUGGAACACUGUACUCCUGAAUUUGGCAACUAACUACGCCAAAUGGAAGCCAGUAACCAUCCGUGCACUUCGAGAUAGAACUCAUUUGCUGGUGAAGGUGCACAUCAGGAAGGAGAACUACAGCGCCAGACAAACCGGUACAUCUGAGGAUUACAAUGAGAUGGACGGUUUGCUGGUGAGUAUGAGAACUUUGUAUGAGUCUGCUGCUGAUCAGCAGGACGAGUUGCGGAAGGAGUCUUUGGCUGAGGCCAAGAAGAAAGAGGAGGACCGAAUCGUCAUCAAGGACAUGCGAGAGAGUGCUAUGCAACGCCUUGCAAACAAGAGAGCGUCAUCAUCAGCUUCAUCUCCGGAAUCCUAGUUCAUUUUCUUUUUUUAUUGAUCAUGAUCGUAUUUUACCCAUAAUACUACGCGUCUUGUAUUUUUUCUGUUUUGUAGAACAGUUGUAUUUCUCGCCGGACGAGCACAGCGAGAUAGGCGAGAAAUGAUUUCUCGCGAAAUAUUUUCAGUUGCAAAUAUGGCAUCUGGUGUGUUCUUUAUUGUCGCUUCUUUUCCUGACUUCUUCAGUCAGUGGUGAGUCUCACCAGUGUCCCUGCCAUCCCACCCUUCAUUUCUGUGCAUAUUAUCAUUGCUUUUUUAUCACUUUUUGCCGUGAUGUGCUUACCAUGCCUACAUGAUACCUAAUCGGCAUUGGGGAUAUAAACCCGGUAUUUUCCCUCACAACUGCGUCCGUCGGCGCAAGGGUUUUUUCCCGGCUGGCUCUGUCCGAAAAAAAUUAAUCUGACGGUCCCAAGUGGUUCUGUAUCAAGGCCUACUUCUGCUAUCCACUGGCAUGCUUUUUCUAUCUGAGACACUCUGUUCUCAGUCCUUGCUUCCAUACCUAACUCGUUAUCUGGUUCACAUCUGGCUGCGGCCAACUACGUUCA